AUGACCAAUGGAGCUAUAACCUCCACCACUGACACCGAGGGCUACUUUAUCUACGACAACACAUUUGGAGAGCCCGACCUAAUAAGGCGAGAGUCUCAUGAAAGCCCUCCCUCGAUUCAUGGCUCUAAAAGGUCGAUCUGUGCGGUAUUACCGACAGUCCUCAGUUUUGACCUCGACUACUACCUCGGUAUCACCGACAUUACCGACACCACCAAGCCAAUCCUCAACUCUUUCAGCUCGAGCACCAGCCGUAGAAUCAUCAGACUCAUGUUCAUCCACCUCCUCUUCCUCGCCAUCCCAAACCAUAACCCACGAGUGCUGAUAUAUCCCCUUUUCAUUCGCCGGAAACCCAUCCGACCGAAGCCAGCAAAAUAUGCUUCGAGUGGGAUUAUCCGAUUUCUGAUCUGA